AAACUAACACUUAAAAAUAACUAAUAAAAAAUAAAUAAAUAAAUGAACCCACAACAUAGACUCUCACAUGACUUGUUUACAUCCAGCUGAAUUUGGCGCCAAAAAUCCACGGGUGGCGGGCGGAACGUGACGGCCGUAUUGUACCUAAUAAAGUGCCUUAUAGAGCCUGCUAGUGCCUAUAGAGUGCCCUUAUAGCGCCUGCAGUGUGACAUAGAGCAGGAUGCAGGCCGGGGGCAGGCUCAGACCCACGAGAUACGCACACUUCGAAGGACAUACCGAUGUUUGCUACAGCAGUGACGGCAGGUACAUCAUCACCUGUGGUACUGAUGGUGAGGUACGGGUGUUCGAGGGACUGGAUGACGACGACUGCAAGACUCAUGUGGUUGCGGACUGUGCUUCUGCCAUCGCCUAUAGGGAUGGCAGCUUCCUGGUGGGCAAUGACAGCAAUCUGGUGCAGGCGUUCACCCUAGAGGACGGCUCACCCUGCGGAAUCAUCACCCGCUUCUCGGCACCCUCCACUCACAUUGUGGUCAGCGCUGACGGCAAGACUGUGGCCUGUGCUGGAAGUGACAUGACAAUACGAGUUCACGACACGGUGGCAGGGAAGGACAGGGAGUUGACAGGUCACAAGGCCCCUGUCAUGUCUGUUGCCCUUGACCCUAAAGGCAUAUUUUUAGCGUCAUCCUCUUGCGACGGGUCAGUUCGGGUGUGGGUCGUGUCAUCCGGUGCCGUUGAGGUGACCUGGGCCGUGCUGCCGACCUCUAACGCCCUCUCUGUGUCCCACCCUCUGUGUCGCUUGACCUUUACACCUUCGGGCAACCUGCUGGCUGUUCCUGUGGGGGUGAAGGUGUUGCUGUAUGGUAGGGAAGGCUGGCGUGCUGUUGGCGAGCUGGCGUGCGAUGCUGUUAAGGAGGCGAUUUCUGUGGUGGCAGUCUCACCCUGCGGCACCCUACUGGCAGCUGGCACCCUGGACGGCACCCUGGUAGUCUGGUCACUCCCCUCCAGGUCCUUAGUGGUGACCCUGAGACACCCUAAGGGGCUAGCUAUAUGUGGGCUUAAUUUUAACCCUAAGAAUUCUCAAGAAGUUGCCUUUGUUGACGUUAUGGGGCAGCUCGGCACUAUUGUGGACGUUGGGACGGGUGUGGAGCCUACACCCGCCACCACAGACGUCGAAAACGGGGGUGUUGGAGACAACUUGGCUGACCCAUUCCCCCUGCUGGCCUGGGAGAAGAAGAGGAAGAGGAAGAAGAGGAGGUUUCUCUCAGCAAAAUUAAAAUGCAAUGCAGCAGAGGGAGUCACAGUGGAGGAGGUGAGCCGUCCCUCAACCCCUGUACUCCGCGGGGCUGCCGUGGGGGGUGGGGUGAGGCUGCCAGAGAUACAGAAGCCCUUUCAGCCAGGAAUGUCCCCAGAACACCUGAUGGAGAGAUACAUGGUGUGGAAUUCGGCGGGUGUGGUGCGACAGUACACCAGUGACGAGGAGAGCAGUAUUGAUGUUGAGUUUCAUGACACCUCGACGCACCACGCCCUGCAUCUGAACAACACCGCGGGGUACACCAUUGCUGCGCUGUCCACCUCCCUGCUUGCCCUGGCCGCCCCUGCACAAGAUGACCAGCACAGCAAGCUCACAGUACACCACCUCCAGCACAGCAAGGAGUGGCACAUUGAGACACCCACAGACGACAUCCAGGCCCUUGCUGUGGGGACGGACUGGGUGGCUGCAGCGACCAGUGCCAGAAAUUUGCGUCUAUUUGGCUCCUGUGGCACUCAGAGGGACCUGCUGGCUCUCCCUGGCCCUGUCGUGUGUCUGGCAGGCUGUGGCACGCUGCUCCUGGCUGUGUGUCAUGCGGGUGUAGGCGUGUCCGGCGACCAGCACAUGUCAGUGAUGGUGGUGGACACAGCUGGGGCGCGCCAUCCCCUGCCACAGCCCUGCCCGCUGCCCCUGGGUCCCCGGUGCUUCCUGGCCUGGGGGUUCACAGACGAGGGCACCCCCAUGGCGGCAGACAGUGGGGGUGUGGUGCGGCUCAUGAACCGCAGGGUGAAGGGAGCCUGGACACCCAUCCUCAACACCAGGGAUCAUGUGCGAGGGAAGUCUGACCAUUAUUUUGUGGUGGGGGGCAGCGAGGUGGGGGGCACCGUGCGCUGUGUGCUGUGUAGGGGGGCGCUUCCCCCCACUCUGCCCCGCCCCCACCUGUCUCUCCUCAACAUGAAGCUGCCACUGUGGGAGGGUGACACAGAGAAGGGUGACCUGGAGGAGAGGGUGUGUAGGACCCGCCUCCUGCUGCCCACCCUGAGCCACGCAGGAGCUAUGGGGUCCUUGAGAGAGAGCGAGAGGGAGAGAGAGAGAGAGGAGACUGAAAGAGCUAUGAAGGAAGCCAUGAUUAAGCUCUUUGCACUAGCCUGCAGGAGCGACAGAGAGUGCAGGGCUGUAGAAGUAUGCAGUUUAAUGCCUAACUACCAGACAGUCGAAUUGGCCAUUAAAUACGCGGCCAAACUACACCGGAUGCAGCUGGCGGAGAGACUGGGGCAGGUGGCGGCCAUGAAGGUGCAGGAGGAGAGGAGCAGGCAGCAGGAGGAGGAGGAGGAGGAAGAAGAGGAGGUGUACGGAAACAGCAAGAGAAGAAGAAGAAGAGGAGGAGGUUGGAGCCAAGAAGAAGAAGAAGAGGAGGAGGAGGAGGACUUCCCACCUCUUCCCUCAGCCAUGCAGGAAGAAGAAGAAGAAGAGGAAGAGGAGGAGGAGGAGAGAGAGACAAGAAGCAACCCACUACUUCAAGCAUCCCGUCGAAAAACCACGACCACCGCCACCGCCGCCUUGCUCUCCCAAAACAACCCAUUUAAGAAGAACCAACGAACCGGUUACCCUCUCCCUCUCUCUUCUUCCUCUUCUUCUUCUUCUUCUUCCUCUUCUUCCUCUUCCAAACGAAGCAUAGAUUUAAUUGAUAGUUUCCGGAAGGCUAUGAGGAAGGAACCCACACCUGUCCUGCGCCCGGUCGUUAGGAAGCCGCAGAACAAGAAGAAAACAAAGGAAGACCAACAAGAGUCAGCGAAACCAGGCCAUCCAAAAUCAGGGAAGGAGAACAUCGAACACACCUCUGCACAAAACGGGUCACAACUUUCCCCAAACCCCUUCCAGAAACCCCAGGGGCGGCCAGGGGGUGCGGAUAGGACCCCCGCACCACCCCCUGCCCCGCCAGCCGCCCAGAAGCCUCGGUCUGCCCUGGAGAUCUGGUUAAGCGACAAUAUUGAAGUGGUGUCAGCAGCUCACCCUGGGGCAACAGAGAAGGAUGUUCGGGUGAAGGCGGCCAUGAUGUUUAAAGAUUUGGAUGUUGGUGUUAAGCAGAAAUACAAGAACCUGGCAGCCGAGGAGAGGAAGAGGCCAAGAGAGGAGGAGGAGGAGGAGGAGGAAGAGAAGAAGAAGGAGGAAGAGGAGGAGGAGGAGGAGAAGAAAAAGAAGGAGGAGGAGGAGGAGGAGCCAGUAGGGAAGAAAUUAAAGACAGGAGGUUCUGGUUUAAAUAAAUUGUCAGCUUUUGUGUUCAAGAAAGAUUAGUGGUUGGUUCUUUUUGGGGUUAUUUUCCUGAUUUUCUUAUUUAUUUUCUUAUGUUUAUUGAGUUAUUUAUUGAUUUAUUGAUUUAUUUAUUUAUUUAUUUAUUUAUUUAUUUAUUUUCUUAUGUUUAUUGAGUUAUUUAUUGAUUUAUUUUUGUUUUUGUUUUCAGAAAAAUUAGUGGUUCUUUUUUAUUUUUUGCUAUUUUUAUUUAUUUAUUUAUUUAUUUUUAGUUUUGUUGUGU